UUUCUUCGACAAGUGAAGGGCGGACGGGUGUGUGAAUUCUAGUUUAUGUAUGACAUUUUUUUCUUUUUUUUUUUUUCAUGUUAACUUUGUGAUUGAAUUAAAACUUGAAAUUAUAAUUAAACUAUAUAAUAUAAAAUAAUUAAGUUCACACAAAUUUAAACAAUAUUUAAAAUGAACAGUUGUGUACAGUGAUUUAAUAAGGAAAUAACAUAAUGUUAAGUAAUGUUUAAUAAUUAAUAAUAGUGUAAAAAUUUCUAAAACAAAAUCUCAUAGUUAUCGGCGUCCUAAGUUUUUGUGGAAAAAAAAAAAAAUGAAGCAUAUUUGCAAUUGGUCGGGAUUGUAGCCAACAAGAGCAGCUGAUAGUGAUGGCGAUCAAGUAUUACUCCUUAUAAAAAAACGAAAAAAAAAAAUUCUCCAAAGUUUGACAUAAUUAAUUGAUAAUUUAAUUAUUAACAGUUUAGUUUUUCUUGUAAUUUUUUUGUGUUAUAUUUUUUACUGAAUUUUUUAGUUGUUUAAAAUUUAUCAAUAAAUAUCAAUUGAUAGUUUAUAAUUACAAUUAUAUUGUUAAUUAAUAUAGUAAAAAUAUUAAUAACUAUAAGUGUCAAGUAAUGUUGAGUUUGGUUACUCAGGAUUGUAUGUUGUAUAAAAUUUAGCCGCCACGACAUCAGAAGAAGAUCAGGGAAAGAGGCACAAGCGUGACGCCGGAGUUACAGAUCUAUCCAGCAUCCGCAGUGCCUCAAAUUCACCCAACAUGUCAUCUGGGACAUUUGUUGAUCGAAUAGAUCCCUUUGCAAAGAGAUCACUUAAAAAAAAAUCUAAAAAAUCACAAGGUUCAUCGAGAUAUAGAAAUUCACAAGACGUUGAAUUACAACAACUACCACAAUUAAAAGAUGUUACUCCAGCAGAACAAGAAGAUUUAUUUACUAAAAAACUUCAACAGUGUUGUGUGGCAUUUGAUUUUAUGGAUCCAGUUGCUGAUCUCAAAGGUAAAGAGAUAAAACGCAGUACUUUAAAUGAACUCGUUGAAUAUAUAACAGCUGGACGAGGUGUUCUUACUGAGCCUGUUUAUCCAGAAAUUAUUAAAAUGAUAUCGGCAAAUUUAUUCAGAACAUUGCCACCUAGUGAAAAUCCAGAUUUUGAUCCUGAAGAGGAUGAACCAAUGUUGGAGUUCAAGGUAUCCUGGAGUCACCUACAAUUGGUUUAUGAAUUUUUUCUACGUUUUUUGGAAUCAUCAGAUUUUCAACCAACACUUGGAAAAAAAGUUAUUGACCAAAAAUUUGUUUUACAAUUAUUGGAUUUAUUUGAUUCUGAAGAUCCACGUGAAAGAGAUUUUCUUAAAACAGUUUUACAUCGCAUAUAUGGAAAAUUUCUUGGUUUAAGAGCUUUUAUUCGUAAACAAAUUAACAAUAUAUUUCUAAGAUUUGUUUAUGAAACAGAACACUUUAAUGGAGUUGCAGAACUUUUGGAAAUACUUGGUAGUAUUAUAAAUGGUUUUGCACUACCAUUAAAAGUAGAACACAAGCAAUUUUUAGUAAAGGUACUGUUACCUUUGCAUAAGGUUAAAUGUUUAUCAUUAUAUCAUGCACAGUUGGCAUAUUGUGUAGUACAAUUUUUGGAAAAAGAUGCAUCAUUAACAGAGCCAGUUGUACGUGGACUUCUUAAAUUCUGGCCAAAAACAUGUAGUCAGAAAGAAGUUAUGUUUCUUGGUGAAAUUGAAGAAAUUCUUGAUGUUAUUGAACCAGGACAAUUUGUUAAAAUACAAGAACCAUUAUUUCGUCAAAUAGCAAGAUGUGUAUCAUCACCACAUUUUCAAGUUGCUGAAAGAGCAUUAUAUUUGUAUAAUAACGAAUAUAUUAUGUCAUUAAUUGAAGAAAAUAAUCAUGUUAUUAUGAUUAUAAUGUUUCCAGCAUUAUACAAGAUUAGUAAAGAACAUUGGAAUCAAACAAUUGUUGCACUUGUUUAUAAUGUUUUAAAAACUUUUAUGGAAAUGAAUAGUAAGCUUUUUGAUGAACUUACUGCAAGUUAUAAAUCAGAAAGACAAAAAGAAAAAAAACGUGAAAAAGAAAGAGAAGAAUUAUGGAAAAAAUUAAAUGAAUUAGAGAUUAAUCGACGUGGUGGUGCAUUAACAUCUAAUACAACAGUUACAGCAACAACAACAUCAUCAACAACAACAACAACAUCUGUGACGCGAUCACGUCCCUGAGCUGAUGAAAAUUCAUUUAUUAUGCUGCCCAAUUGUUAGUUCUUAGUUAACAUCGAUUUGUCCAUAACACAUAAUACAUUGAAAAAAGAAAAAAAAAUAAUAAGAAUAAUUAAAAAAUAAAUAAAUAAAUAUUAAAGAAAAAUAAACAGUGUGCCCAAGGACAAAGUUAUUAUCGUUAAAUAGUAGAACAAACAAAUAAAUGGGGAAAAUCGAAAAAUAAAAAACAAAAAAAAAAAAAACAAAAAAAAAUUGAAUAAAUAAUAAAAUUAAAAAAAAAAAAAAAUCUAAUGUGUGUAUAAAGAAGAGAUAAAGGAAAAAAAAAUAAGGCGCUCUAAAUCACAAGAAGCAAAUGAUUUCUGAUAAUAUAAUUGUGUAUAUUAAUUUUGUCCACAUAAUUUCUUUUUUUUUUUCUUUUUUUGACGACAAUGUUUUACAUUUGUGACGUAUUUUUGAGCACAUAACAGUCCAAUCCCUCAUAAAAAUUUACUUGUGUCUUGCAUUAAAGAUGAUGAUCAAUGUUUAACUGCAAAAAAAGAAAAAAAAAAAACAAAUCAGUCAUUGAUUGUUGUCUGUCUAUCAAAUCAUUUUAUCUCUAAUAACUUUGUAGUAAUAAUUUUUUGAUUUAAUUACGAGUCAGCUUCUUUUUGUUUAUUUUUUUUGUUUUUUUUUUUUAAUCAAUUAUUUACAUAACUGAAUGAAAGGGUAAAUAAUCCAUAACUGUCGAUUUAUUUGUCUCCUUAAUCACACUACCAUCUCCUCAAUGAUCCAUCAACAAAUCAGUAGCGAG